UUUGAUGAAAUGUUCUGCGUAAAAAAGUGCGCCGGAGUGCGUGCAUUUAGUCAUCGAUAGCAUUCAGUCGCAUUCAGUUCGCCUGCAACUAAGUAAUCUGGCGGCCCUAAAUUUUUUUUCGUAAAUUUAAAUUUAUGCAACAGUUGUCAAUUUUUUGGAAAAAAUUCGUCCCGUUUCGUUUUGUUAUUGUGCUAAUGUAUAUUUUAUUAAACACGAACUUUUGUGACACAUCUUCGUUGUCGACCUGUUGCAAUUGUUGACCGCCAAAGAGGCACAUCGAAAUUUUACAAAAUGGGGAGCACGGCGCAGCAAUAUUGUUUGAGGUGGAAUAAUCACCGUUCGAAUUUGCUAACAGUAUUUGAUGAACUGCUACAAAACGAGGCCUUUACCGAUGUAACGCUCGCCUGUGAUGGAGGAAGUCCCAUAAAGUGCCAUAAAAUUGUUCUAGCAGCAUGCUCCCCGUAUUUUCAAAGCUUAUUCGCAAGCCUGUCGUGCAAACACCCCGUUGUAGUGUUAAAAGACGUGAAAUAUGGAGAGAUAAAGGCCAUUUUAGAAUAUAUGUAUCGUGGCGAAGUAAAUGUUGCUCAAGAUCAACUAGCCGCGUUGCUCAAAAUUGCCGAAGCGCUUAAAGUUAAGGGUUUAGUUGAAGAAAGUCGAGGAACUGAUCAUCCCGCUUUACAUCCAAGAGAUGAUGAACCGAUGCCUCAACAUUCACCCCUCAACAUUACGACUUCUACGCCCAGCAUUCAACCUUCCCAUGGCAGUAACAGCAAUAGCUCACCUCCACACUCAACCAGCGGUAUGUCUUACAAUAAAAACCCAUACAAUAUGUAUGGGAAAUCCCCUAACGUCGAAAGAAAUUCUCGAAUGAAUUUGCCCAUGUGGGCAGUGCCGGGUUUACCAAUGCCUCAUCACCCAUCGCCCGUGCCUCCUCAAAACCACCCGCAUCCCGCAGCAACAGCUGCAGCAGCUAUGCUUAGCAGUUGUUACGAAGCAGCUAAUUCUGAUUUAUCGCCAUUGAAAAGGAAAAAACUUUCUAGUUUAUUGAUGAAUAGAGAUACUCCAAUUCUUAGGACGGUUCUUGGUCAAGGUCAAGCCGAUUCCUCGCAACCUGUCAGUUUAGUUUGCCACACUGACAAUAACGAAAAUAUACAUUCUAAUUCAGUUGAUCAUGAUAAGCAUAUGAAAAACGAACCGUUGGAGGAUGCGCAAUCCCCCUAUACGGAUCUUACGAUUAUGGAGGAUGAAGAAAAGUCAAAACUAGCAAUUCCCUCCUCUUCUCCUCAAUCGUACCCAAGUGAUAUGCGAAGCGUGGCGUCUAGUAUAGCGACGUACGUUCCGUCCCAAAAACCAGAAUGGAAGCGUUACAAGCAGUACACUCGAAACGAUAUUAUGUCUGCGAUCGACGCAGUGCGUAACGGAAUGAGUGCCUUGCAAGCGGCUCGAAAAUACGGAGUACCAUCGCGCACACUCUACGACAAAGUGAAAAAGCUCGGUAUAACCACGAGUCGCCCAUUUAAACGAGGUUCCAACGGCAGUAACGCGUGCUUCCCGUAUGGUUUAAGCGGCACAAGUUCCCCGUACGGCGGUCAUUUAUCCGAAAGCGACGAUCCAGGUUUGAACAACCAUUCCGCUCUGUUGGAAGCUAGCAAUUUUUUACAACACGCGUUGGACGGUAGAGGAAGCGACGAAAGAGAAGCGCUAGCGGCCAUGGCCGCAGCGGCAGUCGCGCACGCCGCCGUAACUGGUCACUCUACCAGCCCACCUAACCAAGGCAUUCCGCGAAGUCCCAGCCCCUCUUGUAUGAUGAAAUAUAUGCACCACAACAGUAUGACCCCAUCGCCUGCUCCGGGCAGUGAACACCACCAUAGUGAAACAAAUGGCAGUUCUGAACGAGAAAGAGACGACGACGAAGAUCAGGUCGAAGAUUUAUCGGUCGGCAGAAAGCAAGAGUCGAGAGUUAUAAUGCCCCCUAUGAAUCAAGUGUCUACGAUUAUGAAGAAAGAGGAAAUGUUAAAAGAUGUAUUAAGGGAAGAAACCCGGCGAGAGGUAAGUGUAGAAGAGGCCGAAUAGCCUUAACUAAAACUGCCAAUAUAGUUUUAAACCAGUGUUAAGUUUCUUCAUAUAUAUUUUAUGUAUUUGCCGGAUUUCUGACUUGAGUUCAGUGCAAUAUGUAUUGUCUGUGGUUACUCCACCCGUACUCACUUAGAUUAGUGUAGAAUAGAUGUCUCAGAGUGCCUGUUUGUUUUACAUAAGCACAGGGACCAGCUCACGUUUGCUACAAGUUCCUCGCAACGGAAUGUAACUCAUAAGACUGAUAGGUUUACGUUUCACUAUGUAAUGAGACUGAUUUAUGUUGCGGAGCAAGCGUAGGUCUAGGUGUUGCAUACAUUAACCGGUGUUUGUUGAUCUUUAAAUAAUCUUUAAAGAAAGAUGUAAAUAGUUCUUGUUAUUUUUGCUGGGGGGCAUUAAGCCUGCUUUCUAGAGGUGCUGAUUCUUAAACAUAACAUGUACUUUUUAAAACACAGAUCUAAAUUAAAUAUAGGUCACCAUUUUAUCACCAAAAAUCUAUUUAGUUUAUGUCUGUGAGAUGUUUCGCUAAAGCAAUUAAAGUGCAAAUGUUGUGGUCUACUGAAAAUACAACGGGAAAAUGAAGAUAAACUAGGUAUAUCUAUCACUGCCAUCCAGUUCAGUGCAAUAGUUAGCCUCGUUCAUCUUAUUCCAUGGUGCAAAUUCGUUUCGUUAACUUGGUAGAUCAUAUUCAAUAUGAAUACGUUGUAAAUAGUUUCUGCUGCUGGUAAAGGACCAUCAUAUAUUUUAAUUGAAACCAGCCCUCGUUAAUAAUUUUGUUUUAAUUUCAAAUUGUGAUUAUCUCUUGUUUAACAGAUUCUUUUAGUUGGUUUGGGGUUAUCUAGAAAUGUGUAUCUCAUUCAGAUAGGUUUGUAUAGUAUGUAGGUUAGCAGUUUAGGUGCGAAGGUAAAGGCAACAUUUUGCAUAAUAUAGUAUUGUUAAUACAUUUUAAAUUAUAUACUGAUAGAGUAUUUGAAGAGUCUUGUGUUGCACCUUUUGCAACAUUUUAUUAGCACAUUAAAGGUAUGUUUGACAGUGGUAGUUGCACGAUGCCAUAGAUCGGUCUGAUGACCUAUUCAUUUCGUUCCAUAGCUGUGAUUUUCUAGACUGAUACACCUAAAUACUUACAGAUUUUUCACAUAUCCAUGUAUAACAUAAUGAAUAGACUGACAGGGGUCUAGUCACUGUACACAUAAACUGUUCAUGACAGCUUAUAAUAUUAAAAAAAGUAAGUGCAAUGCCUAUUGUACAUCACCUACGUUCAUAUUAUUAAUUAUACAUUGGAAGACUGAUAAUUAUAUUGUUUAUUGUUAAGUUUGUUGAUUCUACUAAAUAGACAGGCGAUACCUUGGUGGACCAAUUUUACCAGAAAGUUUUUAAUGCAUCAAAAUUUCACAUGAUGUGCCUUUUUGAAUAAUAAAUCAAACAAAAUUACAUUCCAUUAGUAGUAUCUUUUUUGAAAGAAGACAAAAGCGCUAUUGCCACAGUCGUUUGUUUUAGAUAUCACGUUUGCUCACUGUGUUCACCAAAUUACUUUCAAAUGUUAGAUGUUUGUUAGUUCGCUGUAUAAAGAAUAGAGACAUAUGCCAGAGGAUUGGUUCGUUUAAUUCGUAUAACCAAAGUUGUGUCACUAUUUACGUUUUUAUUCUCGCAAUAUUUUUUUAAUUCGCUAUAGAUAAUUUAUAAAGCCAUUUUUAUUUAAGACUGAUUAUAAUUUGUUAUCCAAAGUAUUUAAGGCCAUAUUUUAAGAUUUAUAUUAUUGUACUUGGUAUCACAUCCUACUAUAAACAGAUCUCUUACAUUAACUUACAGAAGCCACUUGCUUUACUUAACUACCUCAAAUAUACAAUUUAUUUACAUUUGUAGUGUACAUAACAGAUUUUUAUAUAUACUAAAAGUUUUAUAACGUAAAUUGUGUGAAACCUGCACUAUUAGGCGUGCUACGUUUCAUGCAGUUUUUAUUUUCAUACAUAAAUUCAGCUGUUGAAAUAUUUCUUUCUAUAGCUAUAAAAUAUUCUUUUAUGUAAUGUUAGUAAUAAUGAUGAUAGUUGUAUAUCGCACUGCACGUAUGUAUUGCAUUAUUAAAUAAAUAUUAAAUAUAUAUUAUACAUUGUG